AAAAUGUUCAAAUUGGUGGUGUUGUCAUGUUUAGUUGCUGCUGCAUUCGCAGGAUAUGUUCCAGCUUCAGUUGCCUACGAAAAGACUAUUGUUGAACCACAUGUUUCAGUCGUUGAAACACCAACAGUCAGCCAUGUAGGAACAUCAUACAAAAAUGUCCCAACUGGAGUCUCACAUCAUAGCUCAUCCGUCGUCCAUGGACACGCUAGCGUUGUUGAACCAAUCUACGCUCAUGGAGUCGAAAAGAAGUACAUCUCAACCCCAGUCGUUAAAAAGGUUGUAGAACAUGUUCCAGCUGUUGUUCCAGUUGCCAAGCAAUACAUCGCUGAGCCUUAUUACGCCAAACAAUACGUUGCAGAACCAGCAUACACAUACGCAUCUGAACCAAUUGUUGCCAAGUCAUACGUUUCAGAGCCAGCAUACUAUGCCAAGUCAGUUGUUGCUGAACCAACAUACACAUACGCUUCAGCUCCACUUGCUUACUCAGCUCCAGUCUACGCACCAAAGGCCUACAGCUAUGCUGCUUACCCAUCAGCUUACUCAUACGCCAAGCAAUGGUAAAUAAAAGAAAAGAAAUGACUUCAACUCAUCCAUGCAGUGCAGUAAGGAACUAAACAUCAUUUUAUUUUCUAUUGUUCAUAUGAAAACUAAAAUUGUAAAAAGUCAAAAAAUUGUGAUGAAAGAUUAGAAAAUAAAUAAAUCUUACAAAUUGUAAAUAAUUUAAAA